AUCACUCGCCAAAUGAAUCAGCUCUGAAAACGAAAGUGAAUCAUCUUCAGUUCAGGCUCCAUUUUGAGGAGAGGCUGAAAACCCAAAAACAUCUUCAACACCAGGCCCAAUAACAAGGACUGUGGAAUUAAUAAUAGUGACAUGAGGAACAGAAUGUUCACCAAUCACAGCAGAGCUGAUGAAAGUCGUGUGUGAACCUGAGCUUCAUUAUCUCCUACUGACAUAUCGAUCUGCUUUGGAGCAACAACAACAAAGAAGUUAAUUUUGUAGGUGUUCGAUCCAGACAACAGUGACUCAGCUGUGUGUCCAUAAGCUGUCUGUGCAAUCACUGAUAUUAAAAAAUGGAGAGCUCUGAUCUGGACACAGUUAACAUGACCCCACCCUCAAAAAAAUGUAAACUAGAGGGAAAAACAUUGGAAUCUGCAGCACCCAGCUGCAUCUCCAUGAAGAGUGACAUGUCUAUGGAUCUUCCUUGGAACUUUAAACUUGGAGACUCCUCACCUGUACAAAGUACACAAAAUGGAAGGAGAUCAGUCUCACCACCACAGAGCUGUAUCUCCAUGAAGAGUGACAUAUCUAUGGAUCUUCCUCGGAACUUUAAAGGAUCAGACAUCUCAUCAGUACACAGUGUUCUACAGAAGCCAGGAGACAGAAGAGAAAAGACCAUGAUCACAGAUACAAGACAUGAACCACAAUCUGCUGGUGUUUAUGAAUUCCAGGAAAAGUACAAGUUACAUUUGAUGAAGAGGUUUCAGUGUUUGAAUGGAGUGAUGAUAAACCUGGGAACCCAAACACUCCUGAAUGAGAUCUACACAGAGCUCUACAUCACAGAGGGAGAAAGUAUAGAAGUCAAUAAUGAACACGAGGUGAGACAGAUUGAAGCAGCAUCCAGGAGAAGAACAACAGAGGAAACACCAAUCAAAUGCAAUGACAUCUUUAAGCCUUUAUCUGAACAAGACAAACCCAUCAGAACUGUGCUGACAAAAGGGGUCGCUGGCAUCGGAAAAACAGUCUCUGUGCAGAAGUUUAUUCUGGACUGGGCUGAAGGGAAAACAAAUCAAUACGUCCACCUCAUAUUUCCACUUCCUUUCAGAGAGCUGAACUUGAUGAAGGACCAGAAACUGAGUCUGAUGGAGCUCCUUCAUGUCUUUUUCAAGGAAACAAAAGAAACAGAAAUGUUCAGUUUGGAAAAGGUUCUGUUCAUUUUUGACGGAUUGGACGAGUGUCGUUUUCCUCUAGACUUCCAGAACACAGUGAGAGUGUGUGAUGUAACUGAAUCAGCAUCAGUGAAUGUGCUGCUGAUAAACCUGAUCAAAGGGAAUCUGCUUCCCUCUGCUCGCAUCUGGAUCACCUCCAGACCUGCAGCAGCUGAUCAAAUCCCCUCUGAGUGUGUGGAUCGAGUCACAGAGGUACGAGGGUUCAAUGACCCACAGAAGGAGGAGUACUUCAGGAAGAGGAUCAGUGAUCAGAACCUGGCCAAUAACAUCAUCAACCACAUGAAGUCAUUAAGAAGCCUCUACAUCAUGUGUCACAUCCCAGUCUUCUGCUGGAUUUCAGCCACUGUUCUAGAGAGAAUGUUGGGUGAAGCAGAGAGUGGAGAGAUCCCCAAGACUCUGACUCAAAUGUACACACACUUCCUCAUCAUUCAGACAAACAUCAUAAGGGAAAAAUACUCAAAGAAGCAGGAGCGUGAUGAAGAAAUGCUUCUGAAACUGGGACAUCUGGCUUUUCAGCAGCUGAUGAAAGGGAACCUGAUCUUCUAUGAUGAAGACCUGAGAGAUUGUGGCAUUGAUGUGAGAGAAGCAGCAGUGUACUCAGGUGUGUGUACUCAGAUCUUCAGACAGGAGUUUGGGCUUCAGCAGAGUAAAGUGUACUGCUUUGUUCAUCUGACCAUUCAGGAACAUCUCGCAGCUCUGUAUGUGCACCUGACCUUCAUGAAGAAAAAGAUUAAUGUUCUUAAACACAGUCAGGUCGUUAACUCAAUCUCAGAUGUCCACAUCUGGGCUGUAGAUCAGGCCUUGGAAACUAAGACUGGACGUCUGGACCUUUUCCUUCGCUUUCUUCUCGGACUUUCACUGGAGUCCAAUAAGAAACUCUUAGACACCUUUAUAACACAGACAGGAAGUAGCCCCCAGAGCAAAGAGGAAACAGUUCAGUACAUUAAGAUGAUGAUCAGUAGAAAUCCUCCUGAAGAUAAAUCCAUCAAUCUGUUCCACUGUCUGAAUGAACUGGGUGAUAAUUCACUAGUGGUGGAAAUCCAAAACUACCUAAAAUCUGGAAAACAAAGAAAACUCUCUUCUUCACAGUGGUCUGCUCUGGUGUUUGUGUUACUGACCUCAGCACAUGACCUGGAGGAAUUUGACCUGAGUAAAUAUAGUACAGAGAAGAUAACAGAUCUGGUUCUUUUGAAGGUGAUGCCUGUGAUUGCAGCAUCAAGAAAAGCAGUUAUUCGGCAUGUAACUCUUAAAGAGAAAAGCUCUGCAGCUUUGGCCUCAGUGCUCAGCUCUGAAUACUCCAGACUAAGAGAACUGGAUCUGUCUGAAAGUAAACUAGGAGACUCAGGAGUGAAAAGUCUUUCUGUUGGACUGAAGAAUCCUCACUGUAAACUGGAGACACUAAGGUUGUGUGUUUGUGGUGUCACAAAUAAAGGCUGUGCUGCUCUGACUUCAGCACUGAUAUCAAACCCCUCACACCUGAAAGAUCUGGAUCUGUCUGAGAAUAAACUAGGAGACUUAGGAGUUGCAUAUCUCUCUACUCUACUGGAGAAUCCUCUCUGUAAACUGGAGACACUGAGGUUGUGUGGUUGUGGUGUAACAGGUGAAGGCUGUGCUGCUCUGACUUCAGCUCUGAGAUCAAACCCCUCACACCUGAGACAACUGAAUCUGUCCUUUAAUAAUAUAGCAGACUUGGGAGUGAAGAAUCUCUCUGCUCUAUUGGAGAAUCCUCAAUGUAAUCUGGAGAUACUGAGGUUGUGUAAUUGUGGAUUCUCAGAUGAAGGCUGUGCUCCUCUGACUUCAGCUCUGAGAUCAAACACCAUACCCCUGAGACAACUGGAUUUGUAUCAGAAUAAUCUGAGUGACUCAGGAGUGAAGAGUCUCUCUGCUCUACUUGAGAAUCCUGAUUGUAAACUGGAGACACUGAGGUUGGUGGAUUGUGGUGCUUUAGAUGAAACCUCUCAGACUUGAGGCAACAUCUGGACGUGAAUAAAAUAGGACACUCAGAAAUGAAGCAACUUGCAUUUCUUAAGGAGGAUAAACAUCGCAAACUACAGGAACCGAAGUAAUGAAUUUGUUAGAUAAGAAAUGAACUACAUACAAGACUAAUUUCUUUUUAGUUCUAUUAAACAACAGAUAAUCUGGUUAGGAAAUAAAAUCAGUUUUUGAACAUUUCUUAAACAGUUCACUAGAAUUAUCCUGUGUUUUCAGAAAGUUAUGUUAAUUUAAAAUGAAUAUGAAAGCAGAACACAGUGAACCAGACAGAGUUCACAAAAUGUUACAGCUGAGUGCAUGAGAGUGAUUAGAAAUGAACACCACAUCUUGUGACACUCUGCUCUCUCAUCUCUGACUUUUGUCUGAAUGAGAUGAUUUGUGAUUUUCUGUUUGUCAGCAGAGCAGAAGACUUUUUCAAGCCUCAUUAAAACAAACUGGAACAGAGAUGAUUACACACAAAAAGAAAAAGACCAGUCUGUGAUCACUUGCAGUUACUGCUGCACAAGGGCUCACAACAAAUGCUGAAAUCAAAGGUUCACAUACUUUGCAAGUCACAGAUGUGUAAUCCUGGAUCAUUUUUCUCAAUAAUUUAAUAAAGUAUAAUAUUUUUGACUCA